GCUUGUGGCUCUGGGUUUCUCCUUCAAGGAAGGCAGAGGCUCCAGAAAAAAAACACGAAACACGCGGGUCCUCUCCUCGACACGGCUCGCGGCGCCCGGCCGCCGAAGCGAUGAGCCAAGCCGCCACCUCCCCCUCCUGCGCGGAUGGUCUCGCCCACAAUUUCCUUCCUGCCCGGCGGGGCGGCGGCCGCUCCGCUCUCCGGAAGUGCCGCUGCAGCCGCUCCCCGCCGGUGCCUCCCGCCGCCAGAACCAACAGCCACCAUGUCUAGCAAAAGAGCAAAGACGAAGACCACCAAGAAGCGCCCUCAGCGCGCCACUUCCAAUGUGUUUGCGAUGUUCGAUCAGUCGCAGAUCCAGGAAUUCAAGGAGGCCUUCAACAUGAUCGACCAGAACAGGGAUGGCUUCAUUGACAAAGAGGACCUGCACGACAUGCUCGCCUCCCUUGGAAAGAAUCCAACAGAUGAAUACCUGGAUGCCAUGAUGAAUGAGGCUCCAGGCCCCAUCAACUUCACCAUGUUCCUCACCAUGUUUGGUGAGAAGUUAAACGGCACCGACCCGGAAGAUGUAAUCAGGAAUGCUUUUGCUUGCUUUGAUGAAGAAGCAACAGGGUUCAUCCAAGAAGACUACCUGCGGGAGCUGCUGACCACCAUGGGAGACAGGUUCACAGAUGAAGAGGUGGAUGAGCUGUACAGAGAGGCCCCCAUCGACAAAAAGGGCAACUUCAACUACAUCGAGUUCACGCGCAUCCUCAAACAUGGAGCGAAGGACAAGGACGACUGAACAAGUCCCUGGAUACCUGCAUAUAAUCUCUACAUUUAUGUUUAUUUUUAAUGAUUUCUUCUUGAUAGAACUUGUUGCAUGCAUUUAGCCCCAAAGCUUUUGUCUUUUUCAAUAUAUUUAUCUACUCCAGGCCAUUUAGGCACAUUUGCACCUGUAAUCAGACUGGAAGCAGGGAAAAUAUUUUGAGGGAAAGGCUACAGGAAAAACAUUCCCUGGAGUUGAUAGUCCAGGAAAAUAAUCUCAAUGUUUCUGGUUUAGCUGGAUUUUUACAUUUUUGUAAUAAAUGCCAUUUUGAAAUAAAGAUUGCUAUAUAGAUAAAAUACCUCAAAAUCUUUUGUGAAGAAUGACAUUUCUACUACACAUUUACAAAUGUAGGUGUGUUCAUUGUAUUUUUCUUGCAGUUGCUAGUCAAGCUGGAAAACUCAUUUUCAUGGUGUUUUGUUCAGUGUCACAGAGUUCUGAAAUGCACCUAGCAGCAUCCGCUGGCAUCUUUAAAAAUGCAGCUGCAGAAGUCUUUCAUCUCAGGUUUUUGAAGUGGGAUCUGACUCCUGUGUAAGUAGUUAACCAAAUAAAUGGUUAGGGAAGACUGUUACAAUUGCCUAAUGGCCAGCAGAGAACAUCUGAUUCUUAAGCAGAUACCAUGCCCAGCUUUUGCUUUCUUUUAAUAUUGAUGGAUUUUCUAGCAGUACUUUCAUGUCAAAGUGUGCAUUCUUCUUUGCUAAGUAAGGGGGAAUUAGGCAUAUUUUUUCCUUUCUGCUGAAGGAAGCUUGUGCAAAGGAGUCUGUGCUGGCACUAAUUAACAGCAAUACAUGGCCAGAAAACUUACACAAAGCUUUAUUUUUCUACAGCUAAUUCAUUUGCAUGUGAGAAUGUGAGCCAAGUCAUUCUGAGAAUUAACUUGGUAAAACCCUGUAGGUGCUGAAGUUGCUCUCUCUUUUUAAAAUACCAUACGUAUUCCUCAGUUAUGUUGGUAAGAUGGCUUUUAACCAAGCACAGUCAGUCAUUCAGAACUGGUUGUGCUGAUGUCUCAAACACAAAGAAAAGAGGAGGAUUGUUCUGUUAGUUCUUAGUAUGACCAUGCUUUUCUGUGUGCCUCAUUCUUUUGGCUACUGCAAGUUAGAAAUCAGGAGGACAAUUUAUUUUGCCUAUGUAUUUAUCAAUUAAAACAACGACCUCUUAUCCAGAAAGCUUGCCCUCAGCUGUAUCACACGACUUACAACCCCAAGGAGUAGGAAUUCAACACAAGGGAUUGUAAGGGCUCUGACAGCUUAUCCUGUAAGGUGGGUUUGUCUCAUUUCGUGUGUGAUAGCAUGAGGGCUUGGUUACGUAAUCUUGCUUGUGUUCUGAUAUGGCAACUCUGGAAGAUAUUCUGGCUUCAGGUUUGUAAAUAACUUGACAAAGUAUACUCAGUUGGCAUACUUGGACUAUUUUUUAUUUUUUUAUUCCAGGGUCGUUUUUUCCACUUACGGGCUUAAUUAAAAUUGAGUUUUCAACCAUUC